AUGGAAAAGCGAUGGAAUGGCAGGGAUAAUAGAUCUUUUGCAGAUGUUGUAGGUGGUAGGAACAAACUACGGAGAACUCUGCCCGACCAACCUCAAGAAUAUUCGACUCCAAUUAAAAUCGUGGAUGACUCACCGCUUAGGGGAUGGUUGAGAUGUAAGUUAACCUUGAUCGGGGAACUGUAUAGUUUGGAUCACCUGGAAAAGGCACCAUUCUCAUUCAAGAAUUGUGAUGGGUCAAAAUGUGAACUAAAAUAUCUGGGUGGGCUAAGAAUUGGUGUCAAGUUCAUAGAUGAAAAAAGCAGAGAUUCGUUCUUAUAA